CAAUGCAGUACGGCGCGGCGGCGGAGCAGCCGUGGUACAUGCCGGCGGCGAUGGCGGCGCCGGUGGUGGUGGCCGAGACGGCGGCGGAGCGCGUGGAGCGGCUGGCGUCGGAGAGCGCGGUGGUGGUGUUCAGCGUGAGCAGCUGCUGCAUGUGCCACGCCGUGAAGCGCCUCUUCUGCGGCAUGGGCGUCCAUCCGACGGUGCACGAGCUGGACCUCGACCCGCGCGGCCGCGAGCUGGAGCGCGCGCUCGCGCGCCUCGCCGCCGGCGGCGGGGGCGGCGGCGGCGCCGCCGCCCCCCCCGUCGUGCCCGUCGUGUUCAUCGGCGGCAAGCUGGUCGGCGCCAUGGACCGCGUCAUGGCCGCGCACAUCAACGGCUCCCUCGUGCCGCUGCUCAAGGAGGCCGGCGCGCUCUGGCUCUGAGCUAGCUAGCCGCGCGCCGG